CCUUCCAAUUGCUGGAUUUCCUUCAUUUUCAUCCUAAAAUAUAUUAAAGUCAUCGUCCAACGUUGACUACCAGCACUCAUCAUGACAUCGAUGCUGCGUCAUGGCUGUGGCUCAUCAGUUUCACUAAGCUUCACCUGGCUCCUCUCCAGACCUUGGUGACACAGCGGGACAACGAAGAGACAAGACAGAGAGGGAUUUGACCUGCCUACUCACCUGCAUCAUGACAGCUUUGGAGAAGGAGUGACUGCAACACAAUAUCUCAGGUGUGUUUAAUUCCGAUUAAGCUUUAGAGUUGGAAAUACCAUUAUAACGUAUAUUUGUAGGUAGAGGUUUUAUUGACUUUAGUUCAUAUCAUUUAACACGUAGUGAAGGAAUCACCAGUGUCAGUGUAAAGAUCAGUACGUGUAAGAUGCAGGAAAUUUUGCUGACGUUUUGCGUCGGGUGGGGGGACAACUUCACGCUGGUUGUAUACGCCACCAUUUUGUGAGAUCAUUAGUGUGAGUAAAAAGAAGAAGAUGUGCACUUCAAGUGCCUGGAUGAUGCACUUAUUCAACUGAAAAAAAAAGCGUUGGAGCGUUGGACACUUCAUUCACAUCGUUCACAAAGCAGACGAGGGGCAGAGCUAACGGUUGCUGAGGUCUGAGAAAAAAAUAAUAAUAAGGAUGUGUGGUUAUAGGAAAAGAGUCAACAUCUGGGAGGUAAAAGGAAUGUAUAUACAUUUGUAAUGUUGUUUUUAAUAGACUCGCUUUGUCUAUUCUUGCCGUCGAGGUCGUAGGUCAAGAUGAUGCAACGGAUUCUCCACGACAUGUACGUGGAGCCAGAACUGCUGGCCGAGCUGAACGAGGAACAAAAGCAGAUCCUCUUCUACAAGGUACGUCAGGAGCAGGUCCGGCGCUGGACGGAGUGUGAGACGAAAGAAGAAAGCUCAGAGAAGACAUCAUCUUCAUCAUUUCGAGAAGGUGAGAGAAAGGGAGUGCAGUGGCUCCGUGGCACUGAUGGUGAGGUGUGGGUGUGGGUGAUGGGUGAAGGUCCUGGAGAUAGACCAUACGAGCAGAUCGUCAAGGGGCUGAUGGAGGAGAAAGCGCGAAGGCAGGCCCAGCUCGAGGCUCAGGAGCUGUGGCGAAAAAAAGAAGCCGAGAUCAAGCAGAAGUUCAGGGACGCCAUCGCUAAAGAGAAGGCACGUUUAGUAGCCGGGAAGUGGAAAGAGGAAGCAGAAGACCGGAAGGCUGCCAAGCAGGAAGAAGAGCGCAUCCAGGCAGAGCUAAAGAAACGUGAGGAAGAAGAGAGGCAGUUGGGAGAAGAAGAGGUUCGUUGUGCUGAGGAGAAGCGAGCGAAAGAGCUGUACGUGUCGCUGCAGCAGGAGCAAAGACAAAGUGAACACGAUGACAAGGAGUGGGAAGAACAGCUGCAGCGUUCUAAGGUGGCAGAUGAGGAGAUGAUGAGGAGAGCACGCUGGGCGAGGGACGAGUACAAGCGCCAGUCCAUCCGGGCCAUGGAGAAAGGCCAUUUCAAGCAGCAAAUCCCCGUAAGCAGGAGACAUAGCGCGAUCGGAACAGAGCCAUCGGACAAAUCUCAAGAUAACGUCCCGCCUUGUGGUAAAGAACGUCCUCGAGCCGGGCUCCAGCCUGCCGAACCGCCACUGUACCGCCGGAGACAGAGUCGCAGACACAGCGGCACCGCAGCACAGCCGCUCAUGGACAGCCCUGCCUGGGUUCGUGCUCCUCGUCCCAGCUCUAGAGAAUCACUCAUACUGUGGUUCAAUGAGGACCAGAAGCCGAAGAGGGCCGGAUACGAGCGGACAAGCAACACCGUCGCCACGUGGUUUCAUGGAAUAAUUUUACGUGAGGACUCAGAGAAGUUACUGAUGAACGAAGCUGAAGGCUCCUUCCUGGUGCGAGUCAGCGAGAGAAUCUGGGGUUACAUUCUGUCCUAUCGCACAGCCACCAGCUUCAAACACUUCCUGAUUGAUGCCUCGGGGGAUUAUUACAGUUUUCUAGGAGUGGACCAGAACCGCCACGCCACUCUCGCUGACCUCAUCGACUUUCACAAGGAGGAAGUCAUUACCACCACUGGAAAGGAGCUGUUAAAGGAGGCCUGCAGGCUGACGGCGCCCCCUGGAGACUACGGAGGACUUUUUCCAUAAAAAUUUUUUACAAUUGUUAUUAACUCCUUGUUAGAUUUCAGUCUCUAUAACACAAGGCUCUCAGUUGUAAUUUAUGACCACUGACUUGUAAAAACCUCCUUUUCAACUCGGAAAUUCCUACUUCAUAAUACAGAGUUCGAGAAAUUACGUCAAAUCAGCUCGACUUGUCAACGAUCUUCUCACAUUAUUCUUCUAACACCACAACAAUUUGCCAAUGAUUACGGUUUGUAUUUAUUAAUGGAAAACUAGAUUGGAUUACGUUUUUUAAUUUUUAUUUGUACGACGCUUUGAACAAUGGACAUUGUCAGAGAAAUAUAUCAACUCUGGGUGUAUAGUUUUUGUUUUGUUUUGUUUUGAUUUGAUUUCAAACUGAAUUAAAACACCAUCUUUUUUUUUUUUACACUAUUCAAGCUCUUGCUCUGCUAAUUCUCUGUUUGUUUCUAGGUGCACUGUUUCAUGCACUGAUGAGCAAGCAAGCAUAUGAGAACCAGAUCUUAUAGUCUCAAGAGAAAAAGAUGAAAAUGAAACUUGGGUUUAAUAUUUGUUUCAGGUUUGUGUACAUGAAAAAAGGAAUAAACAGGAUAAGAUCUUGAGUAUAAGGUUUUAAUUGAACAUUGUAGCUUUAUUUUUAUAGUAAAAGAUGUGAAGCAACAAAGAAUAAACACUAGAGACGCGUUACACACACAAUAACGCAACAGCUGAAAAAGCAGUGUGGUCAUCUGUUUAGCCGCACAGGUCCAGGCUGGUGCUCUGGCUCAGCGGUGUGGAAAGCGCCGGGUGACUCAGACGGCACGUGUAGGUUCUCCCGGAGCUCCAGCGCUGCUUACUGAGCUUCAGAAGACUGGUCUGGGAGAAGGUGCCGUCGGUGUGACGCUC